AUGGAAACAUGUAACAGUGAUGACGUCGUCGCUUAUCUUGAUCACAAAAUAGCAAAGUCUAAACGAGAUCAAGAUUGUGAUGAGUUUUCUGAUUCUGAUUUAGAAGAUGACUCUGAAACGAUGAAGACAGAGACUGAUACAUCAGCUCAAGAAGCAAGAAAUGGCAAAGACAUUCAAGGGAUCUAUUGGGAAGGGUUUAAGUACACUAGAGACGAGUUUCGUGAGACAAGGUUGAAUCAGUAUGAGAAUUUCGUCAACAUCUUGAAUCCUCACUCUAUGGAAACGCUUGAUAAGGAACAUUUGCAAGUUGAGAAAGGAAAUAAGUUUUACGACUUCCAAUUCAAUACAAGGCUUGUCACAUCUACAAUUCUGCAUUUUCAGCUUCGGAACUUGGUAUGGGCGACAUCAAAGCAUGAUGUCUAUCUAAUGCAAAACUAUUCAGUCAUGCACUGGUCAUCUCUGCUCCAGAGAGGGAAAGAAGUAGUAAAUGCCGCCAGACCAGUUACCCCCACUCUGAAACUAUUAUCCGAGCCACUCUCCAGAGUGCAAGUUAGCAGCAUGGCAGUCAAAGAAAAUCUGAUACUCAUAGGAGGAUUCGAUGGGGAGCUUCUCUGCAAGUAUGUAAAUCAGCCUGGUGUUGCUUUCUGCACAAGAGUAACAACAGAAGAUAAUGCCAUCACAAACACAGUUGAUACAUACCAAAGCACCAGUGGCUCUCUUAAGGUUAUAACUGCGAAUAAUGACUGUAAGAUUCGGGUUUUCGAUGCUCAGAGCUUUACGCGUGUCAGUGCAUUUGCCUACAGUUGGUCUGUCAAUAACACGUCGGCUAGUCCAGAUGGGAAGCUGCUCGCUGUGCUCGGGGAUAGUACAGAAUGCUUGAUCUCUGAUUCUCAGUCUGGGAAAGUUAUUUCAAGCCUCCAAGGCCACAAAGAUUACUCGUUCGCAUCGGCUUGGCACCCGAAUGGUCUAAUCUUAGCAACUGGAAACCAAGACAUGACAUGCCGUCUCUGGGACAUUCGAAACCCGUCAGAGUCAUUCGCGGUCUUGAAGGGAAACAUGGGAGCCAUAAGAGGACUCAAGUUCACAACAGACGGAAGGUUUCUUGCCAUGGCUGAGCCGGUAGACUUUGUUCACAUCUUUGACUCGCAGUCUGGGUUUCUUAAGUCCCAAGAGAUUGAUCUGUUUGGGGAGAUAGCUGGGAUCUCGUUCAGUCCAGACGCAGAGGCACUUUAUGUUGGGAUCGCGGACCGCACUUAUGGAAGCUUGAUGGAGUAUAAGAGGAGAAGUGAUAAUCAUUAUGUGGACUCUUUCUUUUAG